AUGUACCCUUGCCACCCUUCUUGCAAUAAGAAGAAGUUAACAGCUGCAAAAAAAUCCCUCGACCAUGCUUAUCUUGAAGCUGAAGAAGCUUAUAUAAAUGGGAAAAUAACUGAUAUUUCCCAUCUUCAUAUCAACCAACAACACUUUGCAGCUUGGAAAACUAUAAAUGAACUAGUGGGAAAGGGAUCAAAACCUCCACCAACAAUCAAAGGGGGCAGCCCUCAGUCUCCUCAUAUCUAUUUAUCUAUCUAUCUAUCUAUCUAUCUAUCUAUCUAUCUAUCUAUCUAUCUAAUCCUGUUCAUUAUCAAUCUAUCGAUCGAUCGAUCUAUCUAUCUCAUUCUGUUCCUAUCUGUCUUCAGUCUGUUCCUUUCUAUCUAUCUAUCUAUCUAUCUAUCUAUCUAUCUAUCUAUCUAUCUAUCUAUCCCAGCCAGUUCAUAUGUAUCUCUGUCUGCUCAUAUCUAUCUAUCUAUCUAUCUAUCUAUCUAUCUAUCUAUCUAUCUAUCUAUCCAUUCUAUCUAUCUAUAUCUAUCUCCAUAUAUAUAUAUAUAUAUAUAUAUAUAUAUAUAUAUAUAUAUAUAUAUAUAUAUAUAUAUAUAUAUAUCAGUCAUUUCAUAUCUAUCUAUCUAUCUCAGUAUGGUCAUAUCUAUCUAUCUAUCUAUCUAUCUAUCUAUCUAUCUAUCUAUCUAUCUAUCUAUCCCAGCCAGUUCAUAUGUAUCUCAGUCUGCUCAUAUCUAUCUAUCUAUCUAUCUAUCUAUCUAUCUAUCUAUCUAUCUAUCUAUCUAUCUAUCUCAGUCAUCUAUCUAUCUCAUAUCUAUCUCAUAUAUGGUCAUCUAUCUAUCUAUCUAUCUAUCUAUCUAUCUAUCUAUCUAUCUAUCUAUCCCAGCCAGUUCAUAUGUAACUCCAGUCUGCUCAUAUCUAUCUAUCUAUCUAUCUAUCUAUCUAUCUCAGUCAGUUCAUAUCUAUCUAUAUCUAUCUCCAUAUAUCUAUAUAUAUAUAUAUAUAUAUAUAUAUCAGUCUAUUCAUAUCUAUCUAUCUAUCUCAGUAUGGUCAUAUCUAUCUAUCUAUCUAUCUAUCUAUCUAUCUAUCUAUCUAUCUAUCUAUCUAUCAAUAGUUCAUAUCUAUCUAUCUCAGCCAGUUCAUAUCUAUCUAUCUAUCUAUCUAUCUAUCUAUCUAUCUAUCUAUCUAUCUAUCUAUCUAUCUAUCUCAGCCAGUUCAUAUGUAUCUCAGUCUGCUCACAUUCAUUCAUCUAUCUAUCUAUCUAUCUAUCUAUCUAUCUAUCUAUCUAUCUAUCUAUCUCAUAUGGUAUAUCCAUCUGUCUAUCUAUCUAUCUAUCUAUCUAUCUAUCUAUCUAUCUAUCUAUCUAUCUAUCUGUCUGUUACCAUCUGUCUAUCUAUAUAUCUAUCUAACCCUGUUCAUAUCUAUCUAUCUAUCUAUCUAUCUAUCUAUCUAUCUAUCUAUCUGUCUGUCUGUCUGUCUGUUCCCAUCUGUCUAUCUAUAUAUCUAUCUAAGCCUGUUCAUAUCUAUCUAUCUAUCUAUCAAUCUAUCUAUCUAUCUAUCUAUCUAUCUAUUGAUAACUGCACAACCCUUGUUGAAUUAUUGAUUGCAGAGUCUGCAAUCCAAAUAUUUCAAUGCCUUCCGGGCUAA